CCUCAACUAUCUGACCUUCGGUCUGCGCUCCGUCUGGUUUCAUGCGACAAACGUGGCACUGCAUGCCGCCGCCACCGUGCUGUUCACGCGCGUCUGCCUCACGAUCGCGGGCCUGCGGCAAAACUUUGCCAUACUGGCCGGCGUCCUCUUUGCUGUCCAUCCGAUCCACACCGAAGCGGUGACGGGCAUCGUGGGACGUGCCGAUGUGUUGGCGUGUAUAUUCUUCCUAAUUUCGCUGCUAGUCUACCACGGUCGUUCCCAUCAUGCAGACAUGAACUCGAUCUGGCUCAGCAUCGUACUCGGGGGGCUGAGCAUGCUGGCGAAAGAGACGGGCAUCACCGUGUUUCUCCUAAACGUUGCGUACGACACCUAUCGCAACUGGCCCGCCCUGAAGCGCACCGUACAGGAUAUGCGUUGGAGCGAGGAGACGCAUCAGUUUGGCCGCCGGGUGUCCCGGGUACUGCUCUCAAUGGGCGUCCUGCUAGCGGUCCGGUUGGCCCUGUUGCAGGGUUCGCUGCCGCGCUUCUCGCAGCAGGACAAUCCUACCGCCUUCCAUCCGAAUCUUUACGUGCGCCUGCUAACGUUCUGCUAUCUGGCUGCCUUCAACUGGUGGCUCCUGCUGUGCCCCUCCACGCUCAGUCACGACUGGCAGAUGGGCUCGAUCCCGCUCGUUACCACGCUCAGCGAUCCGCGCAAUUUGCUCACGUUUAUUGCGUUCGGUGCAGCGCUCCUGUUCGUAUGUCGUGGUCUGAUGGAUUGUGAGCCGCUUGUUAUGUAUUGUUAUGUGCGGCUGUUGAUUGAUGAGACGCUCUACGAUCAACACUUCGAUGCGGAACGGGCACCGGCAAGAGGUGCUACCUUCGGACUUGUACCCACGCCACCUAAAUCCAUUCUUGUUUUGCAAACGGCACCGGGAACGGUUCAAGCAGCCGCGCAGGAAAGUGUUGCGAGCACGGCGAAAGAAAUCUGA